AUAUUAUAUUAUUAUGUUAGUGCAGUGGACAAUGAUAUUUGAAAAACAUUGACCUGUUGUACGACGUGAUACGACUAUGAUUAAUAAAUUACCGUAUUUUGAACAUAUUCAAAUUAAAAAAUUAUUAAGCACGGUAUUGAUGGUGAACUGAAAAUUAAAUAAAUGAUAAACGUUACCGAACGAGUUGUUUUCAAUAAUCAUCGGAAUAAACGUCGAAAAACGUUUGACUUGUUAAUAUAAGAUUUUUAGUGUAUACAAAUUACGAAUAUUACUAUACAAAAUGAUUUCCAAAUAUAACAUAGGUUUUAUCGAACCUUAUGUGUUAAAAAAAUCAGACGAAUGGCCAAUUGGAUAAAGCGACAGAGUGUAGCGCUCUCCUUCUCCACAUCAAAGAACUGACAACCUGUCCUGAAAAUAGAUUUUUCAUAUAUGAUGGCAGCAAAAGGCCUUCAAUCCCUGUAAUAUCACAAAAGACAAGCUACCUAAAAAUAAAUGGUCGGUUUCAAAAGAGGUUUUUUACAGACGAUUCUCAAUUUAUACAACGAAGUGUCAUACCAACAAUGCAUUUUCAACGCUCUCUACCCAGAUUACCAAUACCCGAGCUAAGCCUGACGUGUCAACGUUACCUAAGAGCCCAAAAACCUUUGUUAGCACCUAAUGAUUUUGCAAAUACAGAAUCCUUGGUAAAAGAGUUUCAACAAAAUGAGGGACUUAACCUUCAAAAUAUGCUUAAAAAAAAGAACGAUUUAAACAAACACACCAGCUACAUAACCGCUGAUUGGUUUGACAUGUAUUUAUCGGAUCGAACACCCUUGCCAAUUAACUACAAUCCCAUAUUAGUGUUUAAACAUACUGAUGAAGCCUACAAUAGUCAACUUUUACGUUCAACAAAUUUAUUAAUAUCGUCAUUGAGAUUUUACAAAUCACUCCAAUCAAACAUUUUAGAACCAGAAAUUUUCCAUCUUAAUCCAAAAAAAAGUGACACGUCUCAAUUCAAGACUAUCAUGAAAUACUUACCAGAAUCGAUUAGUUGGUAUGGAGCAUACAUGUACAAUGCUUAUCCUUUGGACAUGUCUCAAUAUAGUUCACUUUUUAACAGUACGAGGAUACCAAAUAUCAAAAAGGAUACUCUACAUAAAAAUCCUUCUGGAAAGCACAUUGUAGUAAUGAGGGGAGGACAUUUUUAUAAAUUUGACGUCUUCAACGACAACGGCAACAUAAUAGCGCCUCAGUUACUAUUGUCAAAACUACAGUAUAUUUUAAAAAAUAACAUUCCUCCGUCGGAACACCCAGUCGGCGUAUUAACAACGUCUGAACGUGAUAAUUGGGCCAGGUUGAGAACCCAUCUUGAAAUGUUGGGAAACAAAGAUACGUUGAACGCGAUUGACAAUAGUUUAAUGAUGAUAGCACUGGACGACGAGAGUCUUAACUCUGAACCCAUAUCGAUUGUAAAACAGUAUUUACAUUCCAACGGCACCAAUAGGUGGUUUGAUAAAUCUUUCACAUUGAUAGUUUGCAGCGAUGGCACUGCUGGGCUGAACUUUGAACAUUCGUGGGGUGACGGAGUGGCAGUACUGAGAUAUUUCCAAGACAUCUCUAAAGAUAGCGUAGACUCGCCGAGAUGUCAUCCAGGAGAUUUUUCCGUUGAAAUAAAUUCAGACAAUUUAAAUGUGCAAAAACUAGAGUUUGUUUUGGACGAUCAAUUGAAAAGUGAAAUUGCAAAAACUAAAGACCAAUUCAAAUGCACGUAUGAAUCAAUGGACACAAACUAUUUUGAAUUUUUUGAUGUUGGUAGAGAAACGUGCAAGAAAUUCGGAAUUAGUGCCGAUUCGCUUAUGCAGUUGUGUUUUCAGCUGGGCCAUUACAAACUACACAAAAAGCAUGUUGGGUCUUAUGAGUCAUGCAGUACGGCAGCGUUCAAGCAUGGAAGAACGGAAACUGUAAGACCGUGCACUAUCGAAACGGCAGAUUUUUGCCAAGCGGUUAGCUGUAAAAAUAAGCCGGCCAACGAUAUACUAGUGGACAUGAUAAAAAAAUGUUCAACUGAACACAGCAAGCUCGUUAAGGAAGGCGCUAUGGGGCAAGGUUUUGACCGACAUCUAUUUGCUUUGAAACUGUUGGCCGAACAGAACAAUCUGGAAAUACCCAAGUUAUUCACAGAUCCAGCGUACAAGUCAAUCAACCAUAACAUACUAUCCACAUCCAGUCUUACAUCAAACUAUGUUUGGUUAGGAGGAUUUGGACCUGUAGUGAAAAACGGUUAUGGUAUUGGAUAUACAAUACUUGAAAAAUAUUCCGGUGCCAUCAUUACCAACUACAGGGAACACACUGACGGCAAUAAAUUUAGAGAAGCACUGACUCAAAGUUUGAAUCAGAUUCUCAGUGUAUUAAAAACAGGCAGUUAGGAAACUUUUUUCACAUUAUUCGUUUGUGAAACAACAAAAUAUUCACAAAAACGUAUUCCUUGUGUAUUAUUACAAAUAUCAAGUAAUUACUGUACUAGGUUUAUUGUGGCUUUUUAGAUUUUAUUGUUUUUUUAUUUUAUUAUAUAAAUUAAAAUUGUGUUAUGGGAAUAGAGAUUUAAAGAAAAAAUAUCACGUUUAAACGAACGUGGACUAAAAUAAUAAUUAUCUUAUUUUUUAAUUGUUUUUUCGUAUUAAUAAUUUAAAUAUUUUACUUAUGUGGUACUGUGAUACUUUUAAACAAUUAUUGGAAACGGAAUUAACCAAAAUGUUUUACCUAUUUUUGCCAUAUCAGUUUGAUGAAAACAGUAUUGUAUUC